AUGAGUCCUGAGAUGUUCUUUUUGUUCACAGUGAUCUACUUUGUGCUUGCUGAGGCUCUUCUUUAUUGUCUCAUUUCCUCUCCAACCAGUACCAUCUCCAAAAACAACUUGUCCAAAUGGCCUUUUAUGCUAUUCUUAGCGCUCACCUGGGUUCCGGAUUUGAUUAUUAAUGUUCCUCCAGCUUUUAAAAGUUGGAUUAGAACAUCGUAUGCCAGGGAAUUUCUGCAGCAUAUGCAAGAAAUAGGUCCUGAUGUGUCCUUUAGGCAUAUGGCGGUCUGCUUUGUGCUUUCUCAGGCUUUUGGUUAUUAUGUGAUGUCCUCUCCAUCCAGUAUCAUCUCCAGGAAUAGAUUGCCCAAAUGGCCUCUUAUGCUACUCUUAAACUUAUUCUGGAUCCCAGCUCUGGAAGUGGGAUUAGCUAGGGUGACCCAAGCAUUAGGCAAGGGGCAAUUUGCAUAA